AAGAGCUUCUGUAGCUUCUCUGGAUUUGCCGUGACGCGCACACUUGUUUAAUGUAUCGGAGACCACUGAGGCUGAGCAGAGCCGAGGUGUCCGCGACAAACCAGCAGCUGCCCGAAGAUACCGCCAGGAUAAAGAAGCACUAUGGAUGAGGAGGAACAGUUUGUGAAUAUUGAUCUGAAUGAUGACAAUAUCUGCAGUGUCUGCAAGCUGGAGACUGACACAGGCACCUUAUCUUUUUGCCAUGUGUGCUUUGAACUCAGUAUUGAAGGUGUCUCUUCUGCUACCUUGUUGCACUCAAAGUCCCUACGUGGCCACAGAGACUGCUUUGAAAAAUGUCACCUCAUUGCCAACCAGAAGCUGUCACAUUCCAAGGUGUCCCGAAGUGCCUAUGAGGGCAUGAAGCUGGCCCUCAGCCAGAAGCUGAACCGCAUCAUUCAGUUCGCCCAGAACAAAGACUCUGUCUCCGCCAACGGCUGCACCAGACGGGGGCCAAAGCUUCUUUGUUACAAUCAACAGAGUGACCGCAAGCUUCUCCCCCAGUCCGAUGCCCGGGUGCCCCGCUAUACUCCCAGCUGGGACAGGGGCAAAGCAGCGGGGCUGCCUGAAUACACGGUGGGGAUGCUGGAGUGUCAAACAGUCGAAGAGUUGGGGCUGCUGGAGUCACAAUCUGAUGUUUGGACCAGCGAUGGCAGGAAAGGUCUGCACAGCAGGAGCCAGUCAUCAGGAGGACGGACACAGCAUGGGCACCAGGGCCACAGCAGAGAUGAAUUGGCUAAAAUGAGUGUGGAUGAACUCCAUCAGCUGAAUGGCCAGCUGCUGAAGCAGAUUCAGAAGGUCUUUGAGGAGCUGACGGCUGCCGUGCAGGAGAAGGAUUCCUUGGCGUCAGAGCUUCAUGUACGUCAUAUCGCCAUUGAGCAGCUCUUCAAGAACUGUGCCAAACUGCCCUGGCUGCACAUUAGCAGGGCCGGCGUGAAGGCCAGCAGCAGCGACGGCCCUGUGGAAUGAGUCGCUGGAAAAAAGCAGCAAGGUGGAGUUUCUACAUCUGCUGCUGGGAGGAAGUUCAGCACGUCAUCGUUUGGGAUGCAGUGGCUCUGAAGUGACUUUUCCAACACUAAAGUGACAUUGAGCAUUAAGAGCUUGGUUGACACAGACGGUUUUCAUGCUUGCAGUGAUGAUGAUGCAAGGAUUCAUGGAGGUUUGCAAAUAAAUUGCUGGUCGGGAACGUGACCUGAAUUUCACCCGACCCCAGUACUUAAAAUGCAUGUGGCACAGAGGGUUUCACGUCUUGGACCUGGGAAAGGAUCUGCGCUACGACGAUCCCUUUUGUAAAGGAAAAGUUCAGUGAGACAAGACAAGGACAGCUGGAAGAUUUUCACUCAUCUGUUUGCUGUUUAAUUUGAUUCUGUUUGCUCGCAAAUGUUUGUUUUUAUUGUUGCAUUUCAUUUUUUCAAGAUACGUUUUGACUUUGUUUUUAUAAAUUUAGUCAGAUAUGGGUUUAAUCAUCUGUCAGCACUCCAUAAGUUAUCUAAUGAGUUCUGUAACAGUGAGUGUUGGUAUUUUAUGGGGGUGUAACUUGAAUGCUGUCCCUCAUAUUUCAGCUUUAUAUUUAACCUGCACACUCAGACUUGAAACGUGAAGUUUUACGUCGCCCUCAAACUGCUCUGAUUGCACCUGAUGGUUUGUGAAAACUGUGGUCCUCAGAAAUAUUUGUGAUUUUAUUAAUCACAUUGAUUUAUUGAUUGAUUGACUGAUCAGCAUCUACAUGGACUACAUCUGCUCAGAAAACUGUAAACAAAAAUACACUCAGACUUUAGAGUUUGGUUUAUUUGAAAAAAGGCAGUUAAAGGGUUAGAAAGGGGUAAUAAUUUGGGGGAAAACCUGAGCUAAAUUUUACCUGAAAACACGCAGAAGAAUCACACCAACAAAGACAAAUUAAAGUAUCUGACAUUUGUGAGUGUAAAGAAACUCAGCUGUUCAUUUGAAGCGACUAAGGGGACGUCAGUGAACGCAUCCUCUGUGGCUGGAACUCCGGGUUUUAUUUAAACUCAACUUUUCUCAUUAACUAUUAUUACUGGUGGGAUUUACUUGAUCUUUAAAGCAAAGCUUCUUGUGGUUUGUUGUGUAGCCAUCAAGCACAAGUGGUAUGAAUGAUUAUAGCCUGAGUUUUCAGUCAGAAGAGAAAACCAAAGUAUGUAUUUAUUAUAUACCUCGUGCAUUAGACAUUAACAGAUGAGGAUCUGAAACCCAACGAACUUUCAGAUCUAUGUUGUUUAUUCAGUCCCUGUUUUUGCUCUGGCGGUAUUACAGAAGCCGUUCGAUUUCAAGUGGAGAGUGUUGGAUUUGUGGUUAUUUUCUUUUCUGUCUCAUGAUUAGUGUUAACUUUUUUUGCCCGCUCUCCUGUAUUGAUGUGUGAGAACUGAUUUAAUUGAUUUGAUGUUACAGCAAUACAAACAGGGUAGUUUGGUCUACUGUGCCUAUGAAAGUUACUGACUCUUAAAGAAAGGAAGAUAAAUGAUGAAUUUAGAAAACCUAUGCAAGACAAAGACUAAUAAAUCAGAAGCCUUAUUGAGUGACGUGUAUUGGUUAUCCGAGUUUUCCUCAGAUGGAGAUCACAGAACUAGAUUAUAAGCAGGAAAGGCAAAGUUAUAAAGUAAAACUAAACUUCCUCCUGAAAGAAGAAACUUAAUAUAUUUGAAAGUUAAGAGAGGUUUAAUGUUUAGAAAAACUCAACAUUAUAAUUAUAUUUUUCUCUCUUUGUAAGAGAUUCUAUGUGUUUGACCCUUUUGGGGUUGAAAGCUUUUAGCUUAAUUUUAAACUUAGUGUGGUUUUAUUUGGCUAAAUGUAUUCAGUGUGUAUGAGUGUUUGUGUGUAUGUAGGUUAUUGGUCCUUAAUGCAGAUUUUUUGUCAUAAAAUCUUCAGUUGUACAUAUCUUGCAUUUUGUCUUUCAGUAAGAAUGCUGUGCUUUUGUAUGCUGUUGAAUCGUGUCUGGACCUGCACCUCUGCUCAGCAUAGAGAAAACAGGGUUGCUGGUUAUCUGAUUUUUUUUUUUAGGUUUUUUGUUCUCCCUGUUCAGGCUCCUCGUUUCUAAUUAUGAACUUGACUGCAUUUGUGCUUGUUUGAUGUUUUACAUUCUAUUUAUUUUACUUGUUGAUGGACCUUAUACUGGUUGUGUGAUUUGUGCUUAGGUGACUUUUUUAAAUAAAGUGAAAUAUUUUUACAUUCUGA